AGGGAAAUGCCGCUCCUUCCCCAGCUCGGAGGGUCGAGACAGUGAGAGCCCGCUGCUCCCCUCUGCUCCACGCCAGGCUCCCGGCGCCUGGCGGGGACGCGCGUGGGGUGCCCGGGGCGGCGGGGAGGUGGCGCGUCCCCCGGCAGGUGGAUGUCAACUGUGACGGGAGGAGCCCUGGCUGCUGUGUUCAAGGUGUUCGUUAUGAAGUUAUUAGUAAUACUUUUAUUUCUGGGGCUUCUCAGUGGUUGUAGAGGUAACUCUUCCUAUAGCUUGACACCUCAGUUACUCCUGGUGUCCUUUGAUGGAUUUAGAGCCGACUACCUGCAGAACUAUGACCUUCCUCACCUCCAGAACUUCAUCGAAGAAGGUGUCCUGGUGGAACAUGUUACAAACGUUUUUAUCACAAAAACAUUUCCAAACCACUACAGCAUCGUGACUGGCUUAUAUGAGGAAAGCCAUGGCAUUGUGGCCAACUCCAUGUAUGAUGAGGUCACAAAGAAACAUUUUUCUGAAUCAAAUGAUAAGGAUCCAUUUUGGUGGGAUGGGGCAGUGCCUAUCUGGGUGACCAAUCAGCUCCAAGAAAACAGAUCAAGUGCUGCUGCUAUGUGGCCUGGUACUGAUGUGCCCAUUCACAAUACUACACCUUCCUAUUUUAUGAAUUACAGCAGCUCAGUGCCCUUUGAGGAGAGACUAAAUAAUGUUACCGAAUGGCUCAGCAGUUCCAACCCACCAGUCACCUUUGCAACCCUCUACUGGGAAGAACCAGAUGCAAGCGGCCACAAGUACGGGCCUGAAGAUAAAGGAAACAUGAGCAGGGUAUUGAAAGAAAUAGACGGCCUUGUUGGUGAUCUUGUUCAAAGACUCAAGGUGUUAGGACUGUGGGAAAACCUUAAUGUCAUCAUCACGAGUGACCAUGGGAUGACGCAGUGUUCUGAGAACAGACUGAUACAUUUGGACUCCUGCCUGGACCGUUCAAACUACACGGUUAUAGACUUAACCCCUGUGGCCGCCAUCCUCCCCAAAAUAAAUGUAACAGAGGUUUAUGACAAACUGAAGCUCUGUAGCCCUCACAUGACUGUUUAUCUCAAAGAAGAAAUUCCUAACAGAUUUCACUACCGACACAAUGAUCGCAUCCAGCCGAUUAUUUUGGUUGCCGAUGAAGGCUGGACAAUCGUACUAAAUAAGUCAUUAUUAAAGCUAGGUGACCAUGGCUAUGACAAUUCUCUGCCGACUAUGCAUCCAAUUCUUGCCGCCCAUGGUCCUGCUUUUAGAAGAGGUUACAAGCAGAGCACCAUGAACACUGUGGACAUCUACCCAAUGAUGUGCCACAUCCUGGGACUGAAACCACAUCCCAAUAAUGGAACCUUCAGCCACACCAAGUGCUUGUUAGUGGACCAGUGGUGCAUUAACCUCCCAGAAGUCAUUGGGAUUGUUGUCAGCGCACUGUUGGUGUUAACCCUGCUAACAGGCCUCAUGAUAUUCAUGCAGAACAGAACACCUGCCUCCCGUCCGUUUUCCCGCCUUCAGCUGCAGGAGGAUGAUGAUGAUCCUUUAAUUGGGUAGCCCACGGUGUCUUACUAAUUUCAAAACUAAGGAUCCGUGCAAGGCAUAGUGUUGCAGCCGUAGAAGGAUAUAUAUCAGAAGAGAAGACAGACAUGCUAAAAGUACUCUGUUUUGUUUUGUUUUCUCUCGUGUCUCAUUUUGGUGUGUUGCCCGAUGUAAAUGACCCUGACAGUAGUAGAGUACUGGCAGACCAGUUAAAACCACCUGCUUCACUAACAAGAAAGAGCCUUGGAGAAAACACUCUGGUUUCUUUCUUUCUUUUUCAAUAAAUAUCUAACUUUAAGUGAAAAUAUACCAGAACUUAAUAGGCAUGCUUUUCUAACAGAUUUAUAUAUUUGUAAAUGACACAAAGAUAUUUAUGUAAAUUGUGAAUUUUGUGUACCCUGGAGAAAAAGUUGCCUAUAUUUUUAUAUUUGCCUUUAAGUAGUGUAUGUCCCAAGAAAAUCCUCGAAGUAGGAAAUUCUGUGAUGGCUAAUAAAUUGAUUAGCCACAUAGUAUAGCUGUAACAUACAAAGAAAUCAUUUUAAGUAAAGCUGCUAAAAACAAACAAAAACCAACUAAGACUAUGUAAUAUCAAGUCUGACCUUGUUACGUCCCUUAGCUGUUGAUACCCCAGAAGUUAUGUCCUUGGAGCUGGGCAUGUGGUGACCACCUGUAGGCUGAAUAGUUGGGAGGGUGAGGCGGGGACUUUGAGACUGAGUCCAGUCCAGCCUGGGUUAUGUACCAAGACCUCGUGGUUUUGUUUGUUUGUUUUGGAUACUAUUGUUAGUAAGAAAUUUCAAGGAAAAUUGUUUUUCCCUAUUUGUGUUUAAUGUCUUUGGGUAAGUUGUGUGUGCAAGUGUGUUUAUGUGUGUGAGAUUGUGUCGGUGUCAUGUGACUUAUAAAGGGGACUGGACUAUGUGCCAGAACACAGCCAUCUGGAAAGGGUCAGCCCAAAGGACAGGUCACUUCUUGAUAAACACCUUAGUUGUUUAUCAGCUUCCAAGUUGAUAUUACAGUUAAAACUCCUGUUACAGUUUUCAGUUCUCAUGGUUAUUGGAAGUGUUCAGAUGCUGUGGGAAAAAAAAAUAUGACCUGAAUAUAAAGCUGCAAGGUCAGGAUUUUUCUGUUUACCUCUGAGACUUUGUGAUGUGCCUUCCGUACAGCAGAGUGGUAAGAAAUGUAGACCCGAGUUUGGUGUCUCCCGCCCUUUGCAGCCGUCAUGUGCUGAGGGCGGAGAGCUUCAGCAACUGCUGCCUCAGUUGACUCCACACCUUUCCCGAGAACCAUGGAUCUGGCGGGAAGCACUGUGAUCCUUCCCUGGCUAGUUGGUUCCUCAGAACCAGAGUUAUUAGAACAAACAGCCUGUAUGAUGUCCAUUAGAGAAGACCAGAGGUUCAUGGACUAGUGUGACCUUGAAAGUUUUGACAAUACAAAACAAACUUGGUUGUUGCUAUUAAGAUACAAGAUGGCUCUCCAGUAAGUGUGCAGCAGCACAGGAAGGUAAACACCGAUUAGCUGAUGACAGAGGACACCUCUCAGUCAUCUAGAGACAUGGCAUUGUGUUGGCUCACUGCUGAUUUUCUGAAGUCUGAUAGCCGGUGCCACAGUAUCGGGGUUUUUGAGAGGCGUCUCUGUACAACAUACAUAAUCUAUGCUGUUAAUCAUAAAAUGGGUGUUUUAGGAACAGGACUGAUUUGUUCAUAAAUGUUCUGAUUUAUUUCAUUACAUAUAAUGGUGAUACUAAAGGAUAAAGAGUUGAUCAAAUAAUUGAAAAAUUCCUACAUACUUCAAUUUCCAUUUUUCAAAGAAAAUAACAAAUGAACUGCCAUAUUCACUUUGAAAAAAAAUUAGUGGCCAUUUGAACUGUGUGCCAGCAGAGUAUUUAAUACUAGUUGAAGAUGGCUUAGUCCUACAGUGCUAUCUAUGGGUUCCAGUGACUUUUAGCUUGAUUGUGGCUUCUACAGUGUCCAGCCUAUGAGUGGGUUUUUAGAAAGGGUGGCAUAGGAAGAGAGCCCUGUCAGUGUCUCAGCCCUUGCAACAGAGGUAUUGAUUUUGUCUUUUCUUCCAUUCUCAGAAUACUAGAACUAGGUAAUGUUUAUAAAGUGCUUAUUCAGGAAACAAGGAAUAGUAUUUAUUUCACCAAAUAGAUGAUCAUAAUAAACUGUAUGCGAAUUCAUCUGUGUCUUUAGAACAAUUUAUCACUGUUAAAGCCCAUGGCCACAGUGUUGCUCUGUGAAGCUGUGUUGUAGUGAAGCUUUGACAUGGAGGUUUGCAUGUGCGUGUCAUCACAUGAUGAACUAGAAUUCUCUGCUUUCUGGUCAGGAGAAAGUACUGGCUUCAGGAAAUACUUAGCUCUUGAUGACAGUACCCAAAGGCAAUAGGAAGGUGUCGAUGUAGUUUUGUUAAUCCUCUGGGUCAGUUCAGAAUGAAGCGCCUUGACUUCACAGUAGAGGGGUGAUCACGGUUCUGUUAGCAGUCUGUUGUACACUCUCUUCGGGAAGAGCGAAGGGGUAGACAGAGGCUUGCUAGCACCGCUGUCCAGGAAGUUUCCUCUAGCAAUCCAUGGGUAAAGCCUUGGAAUAGGAAAGGAGCAAAUGCCUUUGCACUGAUCUUGGGUGUUUCUGGCCCUUGCCCGACUUGUGAGCUUUAAGGAUGAUUGGCUUUAAUUCCUUUUGUGUAGAGUGGUUUAUUUCAUUGUUAAUUUAUAACAUUACAAAUGAAGGACAAAGAUUAGCUGUAAAGUGUGUGUUUAUUGUCCUUCUCAAACAGCGUGUAAAUACAGUGAGUGCUUUAGGGAAACUUGUAGUGCCUUAAAUUAAAGGAAAUACAUUUUGACCAUAUUGUUUGAACUUGUAGCUAAUGACGUUGCUUCUGAUUAAAAUUUAUGUAAAUAAAGUCUACCCAAACAAAUGCA